CACAAUAGUGAGUUUGAUAAUACUGGUAAUUAUCGGCAUUGUUUCUUGCUAUUGUGCAAAGAAGAUGAGAAAAGCAAUCAUAACAGAACUACAAGUAGCAGUUGCUCCACCACCACCACCACUCAAUGCAGUUCAAGUUUGGCAAGUCGAUGGACCUACAAUGCAGAGGAUCCUGGAAGACCUAGCAGGAGACAAACCGGUUCGAUUCACAGCUCAGGAGCUAUGCAACUUCACGAAUAAUUACUCGACAACGUUGGGGUGUGGAGGUUUUGGGAUAGUUUACAAAGGACAGUUUCCAACUGGAAUGAAGAUUGCAGUGAAAGUCCUCAACAGGAGCUCAGACAAAACAGCUCAAGAGCAGUUCACGGCUGAGGUUGCCAUUAUUGGCAAAACCUACCACAUAAAUCUAGUUAGGCUCUACGGAUUUUGCUAUGAUCAUUUCAUGAGUGCAUUGGUGUACGAGUACAUGGAAAACGGGUCUCUUGAUAAGUACUUGUUUAGUGACACACAAGCAAUUGAGUUGGAGAAGCUAUAUGAAAUUGCAAUUGGUACAGCCAAAGGAAUUGCUUACUUACACGAAGAAUGUCAGCAAAGAAUCAUUCACUAUGACAUCAAGCCCGGUAAUGUCCUCCUCGACCAAAACUUCCAUCCUAAGGUUGCAGAUUUCGGCCUAGCAAAGCUUUGCAAUAGAGAUGACACUCACAUUACUAUGACAGGAUAUAGGGGGACUCCCGGUUACUCUGCACCGGAGUUUCAACUCAAGAAUUUUCCCAUCACUUACAAAUGCGAUGUUUAUAGCUAUGGUAUGUUGUUGUUUGAGAUAGUGGGACGGAGGAGGAAUGCUAAAGUUGGUUCUACUGAUAGCCUGAAUUGGUUUCCAAAACAUGUUUGGGACGAGUAUGAGAAGAACGAAUUAACAACGAUGACAGUGUCUUGUGGGAUUGAAGAGAAGGAUAGGGAGAAAGCAGAGAGAAUGUGUAUGGUAGCAUUGUGGUGUGCUCAAGACUCACCUGAGGCUAGGCCUCCAAUGAGUGCCGUGGUGAAGAUGUUGGAGGGAGGAGUGGACAUAAAGCCGCCUCCUAGACCAUUUCACUACCUGUUUUCAGUAGGCAUGCUCAAUCCUGUGGCCGGCACUGGCAACACUUCAGGCUACUCAACAAGCGAGGGAACUAAUUCGUAUUGGUACAAGGACUCGACGCCAAUCAUGACCAAAUACGAGAUACAAAUGGCUAGUUCUUCAUCAUAUACUUGAAUUUAAUUUUUCCUAUCUUGGUUAAAGAUCUUAGACAUGUAAUACUUUGAUAAAAUGUUCUUUUUAGUGGUAGAUAUGUUUGAUAUUUGGUUUAAUCUUAACAACCACAUUUGUCUUUCGAGAUUCAUGGUACUUGUUUGCUGAGGCAACACCUUGAUUCAAUGUUCAGAAUACCUUUAACAUUGGUAGCUCAUAUGUUCUUCCU